ACUGGUAAUGAAUCUGCUAUACAACAUUAUCCAAGAAUCCCACUAAACAUGAAGCAUAUAGUUGAAAAAAAACUUAAUCAUGAUAUGUUGGAAGAAGAGGUAAUCAGAACAUUAAGUAGUGAAUAAUGAUCUUCGCCCAUGUGUAAGUAAAGAAGGAAAAUAGCACUCGUUUUUGUGUGGAUUUUCGGAAGGUAAAUGAAAUAACAAAAAUAAGAUGCAUACCCGAUACCACGUAUCGGGGAUAAAUAUAAUACGAUGUCUGCGUCAAAAUUCCUUUCAUGAUAUGGUCAAUGGAUAUUGGCAAGUUUAGGUAAUAGAGGACGACAAAGAAAAAAACGACAUUCAUUGUUUACAAAACCUUAUAUAUAUACCGUAAAACUAAGGAUUUUCUUAUCCCAGGCAUAAAUUACCGUAGCCGUUUUUGACACAACUUUUGGGAAUUUGGAUCCUCAAUGCUCUUCAACUUUGUACUUGUUUGGCUUUAUACAUAUUUUGAUAUAAGUAUCACUGGUGAGUCUAACGUAGACGAAACGCAGGUCUGGCGUACUGAAUUCUAAUCCUGGUACUUUGAACACUGUAUGGACUGUACACAUUUUACGUUAAUCCGUUUGGGCUGACGGAGGCACCAGGUCUGUUUUAGCGAUUAAUGGAUAAUGUUCUUAAAUGCUUUCAGUUGAAAAUGCUUAAAUCCUGUAUAGGUCUAGCCAAUUAUUACAGACCGUUUAUUAAAAGAUUUUCUCUCAUCUGUUCGUCUCUCAAUAAAUAACUUUACAAAGAGGAAACCUUUAUUUGAUUUAAGGAUAACAGUAAAGCAUUCAAAUCUUUAAAGUCGUCGUGAACAAGAGCACCGAUACUUUCUUAUUCACUGGAGGAAACAUUAAUUUUAGUUACUGAUGCAAAUGAAACAGCAUUGGAACAGUUUGUAGCUCCUGAUUAACCUAGGAGCGAAAACAAGGGCACUGAUAAUGUCGAAAGCGAAGAGGAAAAGCUAAAUCCAGUCCAUACGCUAAGAACUCCAGAAAAUGAUGAUAGUAUUGAAGAAAGAGUCGAUAGUGAUAGUGAAAACACAAAUUCCGAAGCAGAAGACGACGAUAACCAUGAAGGUCGUGUCCGUUAACAGAGAGAAUUCGAUAUCUUAAUUAGGCCAUCCAAUGUAACACUAUAAUAUUUCAGAAAUGUUUUAAUAUGGGGACGAAGUCCCCAAUAACAGUAGAAAAUUCAAUAAAAAAAAAAAUCGGGAAAAUUUCCUGAAUUUUUCAUUGUACUAAUGAACUCAAAAUCAUUCAAUUUUUUUAUGUCAUGUUUUGGAAUCCCGGACCUGCGCAGAAAUCUAUAAUGUACUUCCUUUUUCCGGUUUUGUUUGUAUGAAUCAUUGAGUAAAAUAUAUAUUUACCAGUCUAUUAUAAAUAGGAAGCAACACAAUACCAAUUUCAUUUUUAAUGAUUCCUUGAUAUGAAAAAAACGAUGAUAGCGUUUCUUUGUUUAAAUUGCAUAUGACGUCAUAACUUAAAUAACGUCACAACUAAAAUCCCUAACAACAGAACCAAAAUCGGAAACGUUACGGUAUUUCCGUUUCUUUUUUUAACAAAAAUUUAAGUUACAAAAAAAUAAUUCAUACAGACUUCGUCCCCAUUUUCAGGUAAUGCCUGCUUCAUAUUAGGAUUAUGUCCUACAAAUACAACAUGUCAUACAUAAUUCAUCUUAGUUACACGAUCAUUUUGACGCACUGCCAUAUUUGUUCUUAUGCAACUUUAAAUUAAUUAGCAAUGCUAAUCAUGUUAAUGGUCUUUAUCUGACAAGCAAGAUACAUAAUCGAUUUAUUUUUUUACGUCUUAUGCAUGAUCGUUCUUCUCUUGGUAAACCUCAAGCAUAUCAAACGAACUUUACAAGUUUGAUUAAAACUUAAUGAAUACAAUAGCAUCCUGCAUUAGUCAUAUAUUCGCACUCACAACCUUACUUUAUAAUUAUGUUAUAAAACCAUGUUGUCCUUUCGUUUUAUAGCAAUUCAAAAUUCAAAUUGUUAUGAUUGAAUUUGAAAUGUGGCAUGCAGAUGCAGACAAAACGUAGUUUACAACAAUUUUAUUAAUACACGUUAUAGAUUGUCGAAGAAAAAAAUCAUGAAUUUUGUAUGGUUUAAUUUCCUCUGGUGAUACCUGUAUGUAAAUUAUAUCUCAUCUGUGUGUGUCCUACAUUGAGAGAAAUUAUCAAUAAGCAAAUAUGGCUUGUCAUUUGAAAGGUCUUGCUGGAAAAGUUGCUUUAGUAACCGGUUCUACGAGUGGUAUUGGUUUAAGCAUUGUGAACCAUCUAGCAGAUCUUAGGUGUAAUGUAAUUUUGAAUGGAUUUGGCGAAACAAAACAUAUUGAGGAUGUCCAAACUAAUUUGAAAAGACAAAAUAUCCAAGUAAACUUUUUCCAGGAUGAUUUAUCAACUGUUCAAGGCAAUUUGACAUUAUGUGACAAUAUAUACCGAAUGUAUCCGACAGGGAUCGACAUUCUUGUCAACAACGCAGGUAUCCAGCAUGUGAGUCCAGUGGAAACAUUCCCGACGGUCAAGUGGGAACAAAUGAUUGGUAUAAUGCUGACGUCUCCUUUUCUACUUGUUCAGACAUUUUUACCAGAAAUGAAACACAAAGAGUGGGGUAGAAUAAUUAACAUUUCUUCUGUGCAUGGAUUAGUUGCCAGUCCAUAUAAGGCUGCCUAUGUAUCAGCAAAACAUGGUUUGCACGGACUAACAAAGGUCGUUGCUUUGGAAACUGCAGGAACUGGUGUAACGUGUAAUGCCAUUUGUCCCGGGUUUGUAGAUACACCAAUUUAUCAGAAACAAGUAGAAUCUCGCUCACAAACUGAUGGAUGCAGCUACGAUGAGGCCUCGAGACGGAUCUUAGAGCUAAAUCAUCCUACCUUACAACCUAUUGGCACACAUCAGGUAGCAAAGUUUGUAGAAUUUUUAUGUUCUGAAGCAGCCUCACAAAUGACUGGUUCUUGUUUAACAAUGGAUGGAGGUUGGACAGCUAGAUGACUUUAGUUAAUGGAAAUACCGAGGCAGCCAAGAAAUGUAUAUACACUUAUAGCAUGGGAAUAAAUAAACAUGUAUAUGAUAAAGUAUAAAGUAUACAUUU